CACAGAGAAUAAUAAGUUCCUUAUAAAUUGGGGCAGGCCGUUAGUGGUCUUCUAUCUGUACCCGCAUUUCUCCUCACCGCCGGCGGGGAAAAAACGUCGACGUAUUCAGAAAUGGAAGUUCUUCGCUUUGUCCCUGCGCGAUCACUCCCCCUUCACGCCAAAUUUUCCACCAAGGAUGCCGUCAGCACAUCCUCCAAUGCCGUUAAGUGCUCCCGCCUAAAGCCGUUGAUCUAUGCCACUCUGUCUAAUCCGGGGGCGGAGAUUUUACCCUCGGCCGAAAAGAUUCCUAGGGUUCCGCCGUUGAAUGGCCCGAUUCCUUCCACGCCGUCGGCGCCUCUGUUGAGAGUUUCUCCAAGUUCUCUCCAGUGCGACAGCGGGUAUAUGUUGCCGAAUGAGAAUCUGGGUAGAACUGUUGUUAACGACGGUACGCUGAAUGCAAUGGAGUAUUUGACGAAUAUACUGGCGUCAAGGGUGUAUGAUGUGGCGUAUGAGUCGCCGUUGCAGCUGGCGACGAAGCUUUCCGAGAGGUGGGGGGUCAAUGUUUGGCUCAAGAGAGAGGAUCUUCAGCCUGUCUUCUCAUUCAAGCUUCGAGGUGCUUAUAAUAUGAUGGCAAAACUUCCAAAGGAACAGUUGAAAAGAGGAGUAAUUUGUUCAUCAGCAGAAAAUCAUGCUCAAGGUGUGGCAUUGUCUGCACAGAGGUUGGGGUGCAAUGCUGUGAUUGCUAUGCCUGUUACUACACCAGAAAUUAAGUGGAGAUCGGUUGAAAGACUGGGGGCAACAGUUGUACUUGUAGGGGACUCAUAUGAUGAAGCCCAAGCUUAUGCCAAAAAGAGAGCUGAAGAGGAGGGCCGCACAUUUAUACCUCCUUUUGAUCACCCUGAUGUAAUCAUAGGGCAGGGAACUGUUGGAAUGGAGAUUGUGAAACAGACGAAAGGCCCAAUAGAAGCAAUAUUUGUGCCUGUUGGUGGUGGUGGGCUUAUAGCUGGUAUUGCUGCCUAUGUCAAAAGGGUUUCUCCGGAGGUAAAAAUUAUUGGAGUUGAACCAUUCGAUGCAAAUGCAAUGGCAUUAUCACUUUACCAUGACCAGCGAGUUAUGCUGGAUCAAGUGGGCGGUUUUGCUGAUGGAGUAGCAGUAAAAGUGGUUGGUGAAGAGCCUUUCCGUCUUUGCCGGGAACUGAUCGAUGGUAUAGUUCUUGUUGGCCGUGAUGCUAUUUGCGCAUCAAUAAAGGACAUGUUUGAGGAGAAAAGGAGCAUUUUAGAACCAGCAGGUGCUCUUGCCCUGGCUGGUGCGGAAGCUUACUGCAAGUACUAUGGACUGAAGGGUGCAAAUGUAGUAGCAGUGACUAGUGGAGCUAACAUGAACUUUGAUAGAUUGAGAUUGGUAACUGAACUUGCAGAUGUUGGUAGACGACGUGAAGCAGUACUUGCGACUUACAUGACAGAGGAGCCUGGAAGCUUUAAACAAUUCUGCGAGCUUGUGGGGCCUAUGAAUAUCACUGAAUUCAAAUACAGAUAUAAUUCAGAUAAAGAAAAAGCUUUAGUAUUAUACAGUGUUGGCCUUCAUACAGAAUUAGAACUUGAAGGAAUGGUCAAGAGAAUGAAAUCAGCUCAACUACAGACUAUUAAUCUUACAGAAAAUGACUUGGUCAAAGAUCAUUUGCGACAUUUGAUGGGUGGAAGAUCCUAUGUCAAAGACGAGCUGCUGUGCCGUUUCGUUUUUCCUGAGAGGCCAGGUGCUUUGAUGAAAUUCUUGGAUGCUUUGAGUCCACGUUGGAAUAUAAGUUUGUUCCAUUACCGUGGGCAGGGAGAAACUGGUGCAAAUGUGUUGGUGGGUAUCCAAGUAGCUCAACAUGAGAUGGACGAGUUCCGGGAUCGUGCGAAUAGUCUUGGGUAUGAGUAUGAACUGGAAUCCAGUAAUGAAGCAUUCCAGCUUUUAAUGCGAUGAUGGAGUCUACAAUCAGAACAGACUCAUUGAUGAUUGAUUUAUCAGUUGAAGCUUUUUUAUACCAUCUUCCCAAGUGGAUCGGGUGGUAUGAGUUUUUGGUUUGUCCUUGACCCUUUCUUGUCUUCUCUGUGAUUUUACAACUUCCAACUUCCAUCUGUUGUGAAUUAAUCUAAAGGAUUUGCUUCACAGCCAGUUGUUUUCUGUAACAUAGUCCUUUUAAAGUGUGGGAUAUAAAAUAGAAGUUUUAACAUUCAGGUUAGAAUUAUACUUCUGAAUCAUGGACAUAUAUCAGGUUGAAUCUGCUGCUUGUAUAAUAGUAAUUUGGAGAUGGGAUCUCUGCAUUCCAGCAGCAGCCCAAUUGAGCAA